AAGUGUUAAUGAAUCUACCGAAGACAUAUCCUGGGUUAAUACCAAUUCAAAAACCAAAAUUGAAAUUGAUAACCUUAUGGAUAGUAUUGGGAAAAUCGACAUUUUUGGUUCCCUAAAAAUCUUGGACGAAAAUAAAGUGGACGACACUUCUUUUAAUAAUGAAAAGGAUUAUUUUACAGGUUUUAAAAACAAAUCGAAUAAGACUUAUAUGGAUGAUGAUUUUUAUUCAUUUGAUAAAAUAAUUUCUAAUGAAAAAUAUAAUAAUAAACAAAAAGAAAGUAUAAAAGAAUCUUAUUUUUUUAACGAUGAUCAAAGCAGUGAUACAUCGUUAAAUUUUGAUUAUACCCAAAAAAAUAAUACAAAUAUUAACAAUAUAGACAAAAAUUUGGAUGAUAUAUUAAAUUACAAGACUAAAGAUUUUAAUAAUAAUGAUGAUAUAUUUUAUAAGAAUACUAAAAGUGAAAUGAAAAAUAAUAUAAGUGGAAGGAGUAAUAUAAAUGAUACCUUACAACAAAUUAAUAAUAACAAAAAUAAUCAUAAUAUUAAUAAUAAUAUUAAUAAUAAUAAUAAUAUUAAUAAUAAUAAUAUUAAUAAUAAUAAUAAUUUAAAUUAUAAGAAUUUGUCGUCACUAGAAGAAUUUAAAAAGAUUAAUACAAACAAAGAUGACAAAAAUAAUAAUAAUAAUAAUAUGUCUCAUUCAACUAAUAAAUUAAAAGAAGACAAAAGAUUUAAUAAUUAUAAUUCUUUGACUGAAAAAGAAUUAAGAGAAGCAAAAGUUCAAGCAGCAAAAAAAAGCAUUGCUCAACUUUUUUCGAAUACUAAGAAUAUUUCUUUUUCUGAUAAUUCUAUAACAAAUAUAAAUUCAAAUUUACAUGAAUAUUCAUAUAAUAAUAAAAUUAAAGCAGAUCAUAAAUUUAUAAAUAAUGAACAUGAAUCAUUUAAUUCUUUACAUAACAUAAAUAUUAAGAAUAAUCAUCAUAUCAAUUCAAACAUCAAUAUUUUAAAUGAAAAUCACAAAAAAAAUAGCAAUUUAAAAAAUGACACUCAAGUGAGAAAAAAAAAUGACUUUGAUUUUUUUGGAUAA